AUGGGCCCAAACGAAACAGAAAGAGCGACCAUAUUUCCUAACAGUACCAGGUCAGUGUUUUAUUGCCCACAUGAUCCACACUUAGUUUGGGAUUUACGUGCCACCACGUCUCCAUGGGUUUUGGCCGCUGUCGCAUCUAUAAUCUCUCCACUUGCCGUUCUUUUGAACGCGUUAAUAAUCAUAGCAGUAAAGCAAAGAAAAGAACUGCAGAGAGCUUCCAAUAUCUUGUUAUCAAGUUUGGCCGUUACAGAUGUUCUAGUAGGAAGUUUAAGUAUACCGUUAUCUGCCGUGGUUGAACUGUUAGUUACUCGUCAAGUACAGGCUGACCAUUCCAUUUGCGUGUUGGACUUUGUAGCCAUAUCGUCCACGGUCUUUCUCGCGAUUUGUUCGUUUUUCCAUCUGACAAUGAUUGCUUGGGAAAGGUACGUAGCCAUUCGAAAAUGGAUUGACUACAAAGUGAUGGUGACUAAAGGUCGUAUGAAAAAGCUGGCGAUAGUAGCUUGGGUAUUAGCAAUUGUAACUGUAUCACCAAACUUUAUCACGGCACCGCUCACAGGAAUGAUGAGGGCGAAUGAAGGGGUUUUAGCUCUGGAAAUUUUCCUCAUUGUCCUUUCAGUUUUGCUAAUGUCUGCUUUAAGUCUUAUCGUAUAUUUUUAUGUCAUGGUGUACCUUGGAGUUCGCAAACGCAAAUUAAGUCAAAUUCUUCAAGUCAGCGAGUUAGUGAAAGUAAGACAGGAACGCAGAAUAGCUAUGACCGCUGCCGUGGUUACGAUUGCUCUGAUUCUUUCCUUCAUGCCAAGUAUUCUUGGCGGUAUGUUGCAAGGAAUUUAUCCAGUCUUUCGUCAACGUUUGGCGAUGCUUGUAGCGGACAUAUUUUUGUAUCUAAAUUCUGUAGCUAAUCCACUCAUUUACUGCUACAGAGAUCGCCGUUUUAGGAACGCCGUGCUCGAGAUUUUGAAGGGUACAGGGGCACCCAACGAGGAUGUAGUUCAAAACCAGUUAACAUAGCAUUGGUGAACAUAUUUUAGUAUUUAAACGGUAGAUAUAGGCAUAUUUUUAACCCCUAAAAACUUUUCAUCUGUUCGGAUUUUCUAGCUGAAAGUCUAGUGAUCCGAAAAUUAUAGGGAUCAAAACUUACCUUUUCGAAAAUUUCAGCCAGGAAAAGGCUCCCGAAAAUUCUAGGUGGCCUUUUUUAGGGUAAAAAUCCGUUUAAAAUGGGUAAUUAUACCAUUUUGUAGAUGUUCGAAAAUCCUAGGAGAGGCAGGCAAGCUAGAAAUUUUACAACAAAUGUUCCGAAAAUUCUAGAUCUCAAAUCGUCUUCCGAACAGAUAUUUUCCGAAACUUGCCGUUAGGUGCCCCUGAGGGUAGGAGACCUAAAGAAAAGCCGUCUGUUGUAACUGAUGCAUCAAGAUUCCGCAACGUCAAACAUAACGAUGUCUUUGGCUCAGGGAAAGAUACGCUACAGAUGCGAAAGGUGGAAAACCAAGUUCGUUUAACAAGAUCAGCAUCAUGUGAUUUGACUCGACCCGUAGAUCGAGCUUAUCUCGGCACUCACAAAAUACGCUUAACAAGAAGCAAGUCAUCUCUCUCUCUCCCAUGACAGUUUCUUCGAAGAUAUUUAAUUUUUCAUUUUAUCUUUACCCAAAUCACAGGCGGCCCAAGCUCAGCCAUGUGUGAGUUUAAUCAGUAAUCAAUCAUAUAGUCACAUUGCAUAAUUUAAAAUGGCCGUGAAUAUAAAGGAUUUGUAUGGGAAUUCAGGUAAAAGAUUCAAGUAGAUAAAUACUCGCUAGAAUGUUCCAGUGGAAACUCUGGGUAAAAGGAAAUCGCCUAAAUCGCAAUGGAUUAGGAAAAUAACCACACAGCAAGCAAAAACAAACAAAUUUAAUAAGGUAAGCUGUAUUUUAUUGAACAUUCUAGCGAGUAUAUAUCUACUUCAUUCCCAUACAAAUCCUUUAUAUCCACGGCCAUUUUAAAUUACGCAAUAUGAAACUACAUGUAUUAAUGAUUAAACACACUGAGCUACGGCCGCCAGUGCCCAAAUAUUUAGUCAAUUGAAACCAAACGUCCAGCAAAUGUCCAGGAAUGGCAAAACAUCUACUUACGGUUGAGGUGCACCUUUGCCAAUAUGACGAUCUGAAAUAGCCCCAGGGGGAUACUCCAGAAAAUUUUAUAUGGGGAAGCUUCCCCUAGGGGACGAACCCCCUACCCUUGUUAUAUACCAUUUGUUGACAGAAAAGGUACCCCAUUCUUUUCUUAUACCUUUCAGUGAUAAAUGGCCGCACCCCUUACGCAAAUUUAGUUUAGAGCUUUGCAUCCCUUUUCACUACUGUAAACGCACUUUCUUUUUAAAUGGCUUAAAAAAUAGAAUUAAAGUCAAAAAGACUACUGCAACGACUGAUCAAACAACGUCAAAAAGGCUGAGGUAUACAAUAUUUCGACUAGCCAGUACCAGGUAUUGGUGAACCUGGUGAAGACUGGUAUUGGCCAGUUCGAAGACUUUGAGGAGUUUAAAGAAGAGGCACUUUCUUAGUACGCGAAUGUUUGAGGCAAAUCGUAGCCCAGUUAUGCUUACCAAACUCCAUACAAACCCUUCUAAAUUUUUUUGGGGUCGACCCAAAAAAAAAUUAGAAGGGUUUGUAUGGAGUUUUCUGAGUAUAACUGGGCUACGAUCUCAGAGACAAUUUGCCGCGAAAUGGUCAUUUUUGGCAAGUAGGCCUCUUGGACAUUGUUCUUUCAGAAUAUCCUGACAAAUCCCAUAAUUUCAGAAAUUUCAUUUUUAUGACGUCACAGUUUAGUACUCUAUUGGUCAAGCCAGUUGUUUGAUCUGCGCGCGCCGUCGUCAACCGACGUUCCCGUUCUGUUGCUAAAUCAGCCUAUUAUCUCAGCGACCUGAGAGAGGAUAAUGAAACACACUCUUUAUGCUCUCUUGCAACAACUUAACACUUUUCCAAAAUAUAUCUGUGUUCAGAAGAAGCAACCAAUGAAUAAGGCCUUGGAAACCCGGCAGCCGGCAGACGGAAGUCAAUAUAAGCACACUUAAAAACUGUUCCCGAGACCCCAAAUAGAACCCAAAUUUAUUAUGCAAAAAAAGCCCUCUGUGAAGGCUCCUCUCUAUACAGAGAUACAGGGAAAAUAGACACUAAAGGGGUGAAUUCAUUGUGAUAUCCUAUAAUGCAAGCCCUCCACACACACAAUCCCUCCACCAUAGAGAGGAGAAAAUAGACACUGAAGGGGUGAAUUCAUUGUGAUAUCCUACAAUGCAAGCCCUCCACACACACAAUCCCUCCAGCAUAGAGAGGAGAAAAUAGACACUAAAGGGGUGAAUUCAUUGUGAUAUCCCAUAAUGCAAGCCCUCCACACACAAUCCCUCCACCAUAGAGAGGAGAGGUGUGACCUCAGGUUACCAUGGUAACCAAAAUUUCUGGAUCACAUUAAUAGGGAGCUACAGCAACAACGACGGGGACGGCAAAGAGAUUGGCAAAAAGGCAAUAGGUUAAGGGCCUGUUUUACAUGGGGUUGGGGGACCCCAGGUGGGUGGGGUAACCCGUAUGCCCAUAUAAUCUCUAAUUUUGAUUUGAUCAUGUUUACAUCAUGGGUACCCUGGCUCCAGAGGUCCGUUCCCAAUAUACCUAAUAUGAAAUAAACGAACCAUCAAUAUCCAUAAGAAAAAAUAUCCUCUGGAACCCAGGGUACAUGAUAGGUGGAGUGACCCGCCAAGGCGGGUAGCCCGGUCUUCCAGACCGGGUAACCCUCCAGCCAGGGUCACAUUUUGCCAUGUAAACAUUUCAAGAUGGGGUAGGUGGGGUAACCCGCCUAGCCGAGCUCGGAUUCGUAAAACAUCAUAAUCGCGCACAAUUCACUUAAUUUGGCGGUGGCUUUGCAUCAUUAUUAAAGGUAACAAUAUAGAAAGCUACAGCACUGAAGGUUGCAGCAAGAGCAGCAGGUGAAUGUGGAAGAGCAUUAAUGGCCCAAACAGGUGCUUUGUCAGCCUUUUUUUUCUUGUUUACGUGCUUAGCAACCAUUCAAUAAUCUUGACAAAGUGCACCCCGGGAUGGCGGGGUUGUAAGAUUGCAUGUAAAGGAGGACGAUUUUUUUACCCCACCUAAGCGGGUUACCGCACCUACCUGGGCAACCUCGUCCCCAGGGCUUUUCCCUCCAAAAAAAAAAACACCCAUUGUUUGAGGGAAAAGCCCUGGGGACGAGGUUGCUACCUGGGGUCCUUCAAUUCCAUGUAACAGGCCCCUUAUAUUAGAAAACAACUUUGCAUGUGCAUCACGCUUUUUUGUACAUUUCUUAGCCGUCGUUCCACGACUGGAACAUGAAACUUCCUAAUUUCACCUACCCACGGUAUUGAGUAAGUGAACACAACACAUUUUUUAUUUUAUUUUCUAAACUUACAUACGGUCCUUUCGAUUCAACUCCAGAAAAUUUCGCCAACAUUUGACAAGUUAAAUGAAAUUGAAGAAGAUCGAUAAAGUUUUAAACAGUGCGAAUUCACUUUUUAAGUGACGUUUCCGUUUCUUCUCAUCUAGAAAUUUUGCCACCAUGGCAACGUGAUGUAACAACUUCUCCUCUCUUUUCACAACACUCAUAAUGAUAUGCGUAGUUCAAAUACACCUAAUAAACAGGUUUUGCGUGGCUAGUCAAACGGUUUCGCGUGCGAUUACGUAACUCCUUAAGAUAAAUAAUGAUUUCGCGUGGAAAUCACUGAUUCGUGCUGAGUUCUCAGCGGAGCCACGCGGGGUGAACGGCCCAUGCACCCUUCCACCCAGAAAAUCGCGUGGGUCGUAUUACUAACUACCCCUGAGCCAAGCUGGGACACCUUGGCUUAGUCGAUCUGCUGAUCAACCAUUUUUCCGUACCUUAAUACAACUGAGCGUGAAUAUUGAUGUCGUUGAAUAGAUUACUAUUGCUCAACUGGCGUUUCCAGGGCUGAUUGAAUUCUAAAGAAGUAAAGGCGUUGGUGGCAUUUUUUUUAAUUUAGAAAAGAUCCCAUAGUUUCUAGGUUUUCACUACAUCCUUCACUAGCACUUGAAUUUGAUUCUUUAAGUGCUUUUUAGUUAAUCUCAUUGAUCUUCAGAUUAAUUGUCAUUUACCAAAGUGUCCAAAAUAUGCAUGCACUACAUCACUUACGCUUAUUAUCCUGACUUAAUUUCAGCGGAUAUUUAAAAACAGCGCAAAUGACAGAACCCAAAAUGUAAUUUUCGCCUGUUAAUUGGAAUAAGUACUGAAGAUUGUGAAUUUGCAUAAAUAAAAAAAAAACGAAAAUAGAGGAUCAGUAAAUUGAGCGGAAAUGUGGCUUCAUGCUACAGGAACCGGCUUAAGCUCCGGAUUGAUCGACCACUUAGUUCGAAUGCGGACUAAACCUUAUCUUACACCCCUAAAAUCGGACAAUAAUCAGUUACUACAAUGACUAAUUCAGCUUUCGCAGAGUAUGGUACCGGACUAAAACAAUAACCUCACUCAGAAAAAACAUUACGGCAUUUUCCUGCUUUUCUUCCUUAUAGCUUAUAGCAAUUGUUUGCAGCCUUUUUGAGUCGGUAAUUAUAAAAACUAAAUCUUAAUACCAAAUUAUUUUGAUACCAACACUUAUCGUAAUACAGCUGCAAUUUUACAAUACCAUGUCCCUUCCUUUAAUACACGGUAUUAGCUAAGUAACCCUCAUAACUCGGGAGGAAGGCGUUCAGCACCAUCCUAGAAACACUGGGAUAGAUGAAAAAGGGUUUACCAUGGGCCCAAACGAAACAGAAAGAGCGACCAUAUUUUCUAACAGUACCAGGUCAGUGUUUUAUUGCCCACACGAACCACACUUAGUUUGGGAUUUCAAUGACACUACUUCUCCCUGGGUUUUUGCCACUUUCGCAUCUAUAAUCUCUCCACUUGCCGUUCUUUUGAACGCGCUAAUAAUCAUAGCAGUAAAGCAAAGGAAAGAACUGCAGAGAACUUCCAAUAUCUUACUAACAAGUUUGGCUGUUACAGAUCUUCUAGUAGGAAGUUUAUGUAUACCGUUGUCUGCCGUGGUUAAACUGUUAGUUCCUCAUCAAGUACUGGCUGACCAUUACAUUUGCAUGUUGGACUUUGUAGCCAUAUCGUCCACGAUCACUCUCGCGAUUUGUUCGAUUUUCCAUCUGACAGUGAUUGCUUGGGAAAGGUACGUGGCCAUUCGAAAAUGGAUUGACUACAAAGUGAUGGUGACUAAAAGCCUUAUGAAAAAGCUGGCGAUAAUAGCUUGGGUAUUAGCAAUAGUAACUGUAUCUCCACCAAACUUUAUCACGGCACUCAAAGGAAUGAUGAGGGCGAAUGAGGCGGUUAUAGCUCUGGAAAUUUUCCUCAUUCCUCUGUCACUUUUGGUAAUGUCUGCCCUAAGUCUUAUCGUAUAUUUUUAUGUCAUGGUGUACCUUGGAGUUCGCAAACGCAAAGUAAGUCAAAUUCGCCAAGUCAGCGAGUUAGUGAAAUUAAGACAGGAACGCAGAAUAGCUAUGACCGCUGCCGUGGUUACGAUUGCUCUGAUUCUUUCCUUCUUGCCAAGUAUUCUUGGCGGUAUGUUGCAAGGAAUUUAUCUAUUCUUUCGUCAACGUUUGGCGAUGCGUGUAGAGGACAUAUUUUUGUAUCUAAAUUCUGUAGCUAAUCCACUCAUUUACUGCUACAGAGAUCGUCGUUUUAGGAACGCCGUGCUCGAGAUUUUGAAGAGUAAGAGACCCAAAGAAAAGCCGUGUGUUGUAACUGAUGCAGCAAGAUUCCGCGACGUCAAACAUAACGAUGUAUUUGGCUCAGGGAAAGAUACGCUACAGACGCGAAAGGUGAAAAACCAAGUUCGUUUAACAAGAUCAGCAUCAUGUGAUUUGACUCAAAGCGUAGAUCGAGCUUAUCUCUACUCUCACAAAAUACGUUUAACAAGAAGCAAGUCAUCUCUGUCUCUCCCAUGA